CACAUAUGAGGAAGUGAGGCGCUUUUUAACGAAUCGCAUCUUUCCAGACGAGCUCAACAGCGUCACGAGGGUUGCGUCAGAGGCACCCCUUUACAAAAAGACACUCGAAGACUGAAGGAGUUUGUUGCGUGCAGAGGACGCAGUAAGAGAUGCAGAGUCCUCCGAAGCCACAGUUCGCCAGCUGGCUCUUGGAGCAGGUGAAGACGGGCCAGUAUUCUGGACUCUGCUAUGUAGGGCCCAACAAGUUCAGAGUGCCUUGGAAACACAACUCCAGGAAGGACUGCAAUGAUGAGGACGGGAAAAUAUUUAAGGCGUGGGCUGUGGCCAGUGGUAAAAUCAACGAUUUCCCAAAUGAAAAGGCACGAUGGAAAACCAACUUUCGCUGUGCUCUCAACAACCUCCACAGUCGGUUCAAGUUGAUCAAAGAUAAUUCUAAGGACCCAGACGACCCCCACAAGAUCUACGAGAUAAUUAGCCCUGAAAGUCUUCAAAUGCAGAGCUCACAGGAAGAUUGUGAAUUGACUCCUGACAUCUACUGCUCCCCCACAGAGUACUUCCCCAGCGAGCAGAUUAAUCUCCUGAAUACAUUUAAUGCACUGGACAUCAACAGCAGCAUGGCAGUAGAACGGCCCUGGGAAAAUCAACAAAUAAUUCCCCAGUCAAGUCCUGCUGCUGUUCCAAACUACCCUGCAAAUAACACAGAAAUUAUACCGGAGCCAAAUACUUAUUAUGAGCCAACCCCUGCUCAUCCACAACAGCUCCCUUCAAUAAACGACCUUGAGAUCUCGAUUUUAUACAGGGGAAAAGAAAUGCAAAAGACCACAGUGACUUGUCCACAUGUGCAACUGCAUUACCCACUGGAGACUCAGGAUCCCAAUUUCUAUUCAGUCUGCUUCCCAACUACAGACACCCUCAUAGACCACAAACAGAUUGACUACACCAAUCGCAUCCUGAACAGCAUUCAGAGAGGUCUAAUGCUGCAGGUGCAGGAGGACGGUAUCUACGCCUACAGACAGGACAGGUGCCAUGUAUUUGCGAGCACCAGUGAUCCGACUGUGGCUCACCCAAAUCCAGAGAAACUACCCCUGAACUCCAUGGUGCAGCUACUGAGCUUUAAUACUUAUAUGAAUGAACUGAAAACCUUCAGGGAAAACAAUGGACGCUCACCGGAAUACACCAUCACCAUGUGUUUUGGUGAAAAAUUUCCAGAUGGCAGAGCUCUGGAGAGGAAACUUAUUGUUGUAAAGGUGGUCCCAGUGAUCUGCAGGUAUUUACAUGAGCAGGCUCAAAUGGAAGGAGCAUCGUCUCUUCACAGUUCUAACAUCAGCCUGCAGACUUCAUACAACAGUCUGAUGGACUUCAUCAGCACAUACUUCAGCCCACCCACUGCAGAGUAGCCGGCAGUUAUGACUGCACAAUUACAAUAUUAGCUCGUACUCCAUACAUAACUUUAGCACUUAAGAGUGCCUUUGACAACCACUCUCUUUAGACCUUUUUGCACUACAAUGUAUAUAAAAACUGACUUCACUAUACGUAUGAUGGCUUUUCAAAAUGAUGCAUGAGAAGAGACUCUUUCUUUGGCUGCUCCCGAACUUUGUUUUUAGAAGCUAAACAUCCCUCUGGGAGUGAGUGUGGACUAGGGCUAGAAACAGUAGAGCAUGUUAUUUUAACAUGUAACAGUUAUGAUGAUAAGAGAUGGACUUUUAGGCAAAAACUUCAAGAAAAGAAAGGGGAUAUGUUUAAUUUGUGUAAUAUACUAAUUGGUUUACAGGAGAGUUUUAAUUUGUUGUUUAAAUUUUUAAGGGAAAAGGAGAUUGUUAUAAAAAAAAAAAAAAAUUGGCUUCCCUAAAGUCUAGAAUAUUCUGUAAUACUCUGGCCCACACUCCAGCCGAGUAGGUGGUAAAAAUGCACCUUAAUGUUGGGUGCCGCCCCCAUAAAACAAAGAUGCUGCUCCCGUAUGGGUGCUGCUAUACCAAACAUAAGUUUUAGCCAACUUGAACAGUAGAUCAAAUGUACAAAUUAAAUCUGUAAUAGUUAUAUUUUUCAUGUGUGUUUUUCAUGUCUCUUUGAAGAAGCAGCUCCCGUAUGGGGACUGCUAUAACAAAUGGUAAAUGGUCACAUUUUUCUAUAGCGCUUUUCCACCUUCAAGGCACUCAAAGCGCUUUACAACAAACCACUCACCCAUUCACACACACAUUCAUACACCAGUGUACGCAGACACUGUGGGCAAGGUGGGUUAAGUGUCUUGCCCAAGGACACAACGGCAGCAUUCAUCUGUGGGAGCUGGAAUCACACCAGCCAACCUGUGGGUCAGUGGAUCUGACCGCUCAACCUGUGAUGUUUAUGUCGAGAGCUGGAUUCAAACCGCCAACCUUCAGAUCAGUGGGCGAAUGCUCUACCAACUGAGCUACUGCCGCCCACAAAUAUAUUUAGCCAACUUGAACAAUAGAUCCAAAUGUGUCUUUAAUAGUUACUUGUUUUUCAUGUGUUUUUUUCAUGUCUCUUGGCUGCUAAAUAAACAAGUGAAAUUCGUUCA